AUGGUGCUCCAUGAAGAACAAAACCCCCUUGUGCUUAAUCUCUGUCCCCUGUUGUCGCCCUCCACCAUACGGGGCCGUAAAAGUGGCUGGCGCGCGGCUCCAGUGACAGUAGGCGGGGGCGUUGGAGGCACAAUACUCUACGCAAAAUGGGACCACAAGUUCAGAGCCGCCGUGGAGAACAAUGUUCCAUACUCAGACUGGCUCCUGGGUCUGGCUCUGGGACCCGCUUCUCAAGGUGGCCUCAAGAAACAGACGGAGAUGGCCCAGCCUUCCUCUAUGAUGCUGAACCCAACCAGAUUGCAAUGUGUCUGUCUGUGCAUGUUUUCUCUAGAGGAGUGCAAAGAGUGCCACGACCACACGGAGCCUCCAGUGACUGCAGAGGUUCACCCUGAUGUUGAGGCCCCGCUGAGAGAGAGACCAGUCGAGGAAGUGGCAGCUAGACUGGCUCAACAAGACCUGGAGGAACAGGACACCGUAGCAUCUGUAGCAGCUCGUCUUGAGGACUCCCUGGCCAACUCGGCUAAAGCUACACUGCAGGCCAUUGGAGCUCAGGAGACAGCCCUGCAGGCUAUCGCACGGCACACACACACACUGAAGGAGGCUAUGGAAGCAGAGGUCCCAGCUGAGGAGAAGUCGUCCCAGUGGAAGGAUCUGGAAGCCGCUCUCGCUGAUAGAACCUCUGCUGUGAAGGAUGCCGCAACUGCUCUGCUGAAUGCCAAUGAAGCUCUGGACAGUCUCAAAUCAGAGAUUGACAUGUCUAAAGGGCUGAAGGUCUCUGCUGUUGUUCCGCCAGUGAAUUUGUGCAGCAGAGGAGCAGAAUUCCACACAUGGUGGUGGGAUCGACAAGUGGUCAAUACCAAGGUCCAGUCUGCAGAGUCAGAAUCUAGGAUUGUCUCCCAGUACAGUGAGCUCUCUCACCAAGAGACGUCACGCCUGAAGCGGAGUUCUCCAGAUAAAACAUGUUCCCUUUGUGCGUUAGCUGGUAAACUGUCAGCGGACGACCUGAACGCCCUGAUCGCCCAUGCACACCGUCGCAUUGACCAGCUGAUUGAGCUGGCUUAUAGUAUAUCUCGGGAGCAGAUCCACAUCGACGCGUCGCUGGAGCAGCAGAAGCUGGAGGACCAGAAAGCCCUGGAGAAAGCCGUCCUCACCGCCGCGCAGCACAUCAAGGAGGACACCCGGCUGGAGCACGAGAGGAAGGUGAGUUGCUUAAGGGAUCGGAUGGAGGCAGAGAUGAGACCAGUUCAAGGCCAGGCAGCUGCUCACACGGACCACGUCCAAGAUGUCCUCAAAGUCCAGGAGCAGGAGUUGAGAGCUGAUGCUGAGCAGGUCCUGGGCAGGUAUGCUUUCGAGCAGGAGAGCCAGCUGAGCCAGGAGCAGCUGGACAACUUCACUCUGGAUAUGAACACUGCCUACGCACGACUGAAGGGGAUGGAGGAGGCCAUCGACAGUGAGAGACACACACACACACACACACACACACACACACGAACAAGAAACAUUCAAUACGCGGUCGCGGAGGACGAGGCCCGCAAAGCCCACCAGCUGUGGCUCUCCGUGGAGGCGCUCGACUACUCGCUGAAGACGGUCGAGGCCGGCCCCCCCCGGGGGCCCCCCGGCCCCCUCCCCUGA